AUGUUUGCUUGGCGCAUAGCCAGAAAGAGCUCCCUGCGGAGGGCCGAGGGAGUGCGAUUGCUCCCUCGGCAGAUAGGCGCCUGUCGGUUCUAUGCCCGUGAGCAGGACGACACCCACGCCACGACACAGACAUCCUCAGACCCAUCCUCUGGGACCAAAAAGGACAACGAGCUCAAGUUGACGGCAGAGUCGUACCCUGAGCUCACCCGGGGCAAGCAAUUCAAGAAGCUCGACAAGAAGGACAUUGAACACUUCCGCUCCAUCUUGCCAGACAAUGCCGUUUUGCUUGAUGACGACGCCGAAGCCUUCAAUAUCGACUGGAUGCGCAAGUUUAGAGGACAAUCAAAGCUUGUUCUUCGUCCCAAGACCGCCGAGGAUGUGAGCAAGAUCCUCAAGUACUGCAAUGAACAGAUGCUCGCUGUUGUGCCACAAUCGGGCAAUACCGGUCUGGUCGGUGGCUCGACGCCCGUCUUUGACGAGGUCAUUUUGAGCUUGACAGGCAUGAACAAUAUCCGUUCCUUUGAUCCAGUCUCAGGGACCCUCGUUGCAGAUGCCGGCUGUGUCCUAGAGACGGUCGACAACUACCUUGCUGAACGCAAGCACAUCUUCCCACUUGACCUCGGAGCCAAAGGUUCCUGUUUGAUUGGAGGCAAUGCUGCAACAGCAGCUGGUGGACUGCGUUUGCUUCGCUACGGCUCCCUCCAUGGCAAUAUUCUCGGCCUCGAGGCAGUCUUGCCGGACGGCACCAUCCUCAAUAACUUAUCGACACUUCGAAAGGACAACACUGGAUUCGACCUCAAGCAGCUAUUCAUUGGCUCAGAGGGCACUAUCGGUGUCAUCACAGCCCUCUCAGUCCUCUGCCCACAACGCAGUGCUGCCGUGAAUGUCGCCUUCUUCGGCGUCAAGGAUUACGCAAGCAUCUUGAAAGCCUAUGUCAAGGCUAAGGAACAUCUCUCGGAGAUUCUAUCUGCCUUUGAGUUUAUGGACGGGCGAACACAAGAGUUUGUCAAGCGUCACAGUACGCACAAGCGUCCAAUUGAGGGUGAUUACCCGUUCUACAUCCUGGUCGAGACAUCUGGCUCCAACAAAGAGCACGAUGAGGAAAAGUUGAAUGGCUUCUUUGAGGAACUGCUUGAACAGGAGAUUGUUGCAGAUGGUGCAGUUGCUCAGGACGAAACACAAGCUAAAGCGUUGUGGUCACUACGAGAGGGCAUCACUGAAUGUCUUGGAAAGGACGGUGGUACGUACAAGUACGACAUGUCUGCACCGCUGCCUGUGCUCUAUGACUUGGUGGAUGCAACACGCGAACGGCUCGAUGCUGCUGGACUCGUGGGCGAAGGUAAGCCUGUCGUAGAUGUCGUGGGUUACGGACACCUCGGCGAUGGUAACAUUCACCUCAACGUCGCUGUCCGGCGCUACGACAAAGAAGUCGAAAAGUGCAUUGAGCCCUUUGUGUACGAGUGGAUCCAAGAACGCAGUGGCAGCAUCAGUGCUGAGCAUGGCCUUGGACUGAGCAAGGGCAAGUACAUUGGCUACAGCAAGAACAAAGCCAUGGUUGACACAAUGCAGCGAAUCAAGCAGAUGUUUGAUCCAAAGGGUAUCCUGAACCCGUACAAGUAUCUGCCGCCUGUAUAG